UGUACAUGGUUUGCAUGUUCUCGCAGAUAUUCUAUUAUUGCUUCCACGGCAAUAUGGUUAAAACAAAGAGUAUUGAUUUUUCAGACGAAAUAUUCGGCAGUGAUUGGCCAUCUUGGAACGACAACUCCAAGAAAGUUCUAUUAAUGGUGAUCAGACGUUCGAAAACACCCAUCGAAUUUACUAGCAUGCACGUCGUGUCCCUAAAUCUUGAAUCUUUCAUGUCGGUCAGUAACAACCAUGUCUACCUAUCGAUAUGGACUAUCUGUAGUAUUUGCUUCGAAUCAGAAUAAAAACCAGUUUUAGAAA